CGGAGCCGUCUCGGCCCGCUUCGGCGCGGCCCGCGCGGCGCGGGGGGGGCGGGAUCCCAGGGCGACGGCGAUGGGCGAGGAGGAGAGGGGGACGAGGGCUACUCCGACGACGAGUUCGAGUCCUACUCCUCCGACUUCGAGUCCGAGUCCGAGCCCGGGUCCGAGUCCGCCUCCGACUCCGACGCCAGCGACGUCGCCCCGGGGGACCCCCCCGGCGCCAGCGCGGCGGCGGGGCUCGGGGCGGCGGCGGGCGCCGGCAGCGCAGCAGCGGACCCGAUCGAGGCGCGAGCCGCCCCGGCCGACCACGCCGGCGCGGCUGCGGGGGCCGGCAGCGCAGCGGCGGCCCCGCUCGAGGCGCGAGCCGCCGCGGAGGACGCCGCCGGCGCCAGCGCGGCGGCGGACGCCGGCCCCGCGGCGGGCGCCAGCAGCGCAGCGGCGGCCCCGAUCGAGGAGCGCGCCGCUCCGCGGGACGGUGCCCGCGCCAGCUCGGCCGGUGUGGGCGCGGCGGCGGCUCCGAUCGAGGCGCCAGCCGCCCCAGGGGACGCUGCCAUCGCCAGCGUGGCGGCGGAUGGCGGCCCUGCGGCGGGCGCCAGCGCAGCG